AUGGGCUCAAACGCGGCAGACUCGCUAAGCCCGAUAGUAUCACCCUCCAUACCGCCAUCCGACCUCCCUCGCUUUCUGGAGAGGCCAAAAACCCUCCCCUCUCCGCGCUCCCGUUGCGCGCCGAUUGAUUUCCCCGGCGGGCCCCGCCCGCAACGCCGUGCGCGGACCUUGGAUUCCGCCCCCGCGCAAAGCCCCAGGCAUAGCCGACUCUCCCCCAGGUCCCCGCAACUCGCGGUACGAUGGGCGGAACCUAUCAGCGGAAGGGAGAGCGACCGCGUGCUUUCUCCCUCAAACCUCUCCUCCGACGGCUCCUCCUCCCCGCUGUUUUCCCCCGAUGGCUCCGCCGCGCUUCUUUCCCCCCGCGGCGGAAGCGGAGCUUCCGCCGCUUGGCGGCCUGCCGCGCUCACCCCCGUGCGCAGCCCGCACGCGACGGCGAUCCGCCAUAGAGCUACCUCGUCAAUAGACAUGGAGGAACUUUGGGCAGACUUCAGUCUCGAAGAAGGCGCCGCGCAAGAUGCGGACAGCGCAUUUGGUGGCGCCGCGCCGGCGGGCGGGGCUGGCGGAAAUGGCGCGGAAGGGCGGGGGCGGCGGAGAGGGCACGCGCGGAACAUCUCGUUCUCCGACUUCCGGUCGUUCCUAAAAGACAAACCGCGCGACGGUGACGCGAAACCCGGCGAAGUUGACGUUAGUAAUCUCUCGAAAGGGCAGCAACAGAGCGACACGACGGCGACGGCGGCGGCGCCAGCACCCAGACGGCGCCCGACGCUUUCGCGUCUUUUCUCCAGCCGCCGAGAUCCUACGUCCGCAUCUCCCGCCGCGUUGGACGGCGCGUCUAGCGGCGCCGCGCCGUCCGUCAUCCCCGUUUCCCUCUCCUCCAUGUCUUCCCGAGGGCUACAGGACACGUCAGCCAGCGAUGACGUGGAAUUGUACGGCGGCGUCGUGCGAUGCUCGUCUGUCGAGACGAAACACGCGCCGCUCUCUGCGCGGCUUGCGGCGAAUGACUCUUCCGCCGUGCCGAAAUCCCCUCGGGCCGCGGCGCGCAGCGCAAGCUUUAGACGGAAUCCAGGCGCGGCGGCGGGAACCUCAGGAAAGAGUUUGAGCGGGAAAGAACCAAUGAUGGUCGUUCCUUUCACGCGACGCGUCAAGGGCGGCGCGGGCGCGUCGCAGCAGCAAUCUCAGGAGUCGUCGCAGCAGUCGCCGCCGCCGUCGUCGCAGAAGGGCGAACACUGGGGAGCGGAAUCAGGGGCAGAGGGGGAGGAGUCGGACGACGAGGGCGGAGGCAAGCGGGGAAGCGCGGCGCACGCAGGUCCGCGCAUCGUCUUCCGCGUGGUACAGAGCCCGCGGGGGCGGGGCGCUGGUCGGGCGGGAGUGGCGCGCGGAACGGGACGUGGGGGGGAAGUUGCGGGGGAAGCGAUGGAAGCGAGGGAAGCACGGGCAGCGCGGGCAGCGCGGAAAGCGCGGGCAGAGCGGGCAGGGGAUGCUGCGCUUGAGAGCGCGCGCAAGGGCGGCGCGACGUCUGGUUCGCGCGGCGGCCUCCGCCAAGCUAGCCCGCGGGGCACUGCGGCUAUCAGCCUUGCGGGGUGGCGGGGACUCGCCAGGCAGGGGGACGGAGCGGAACCGAUUGGGGAAGCAGCGAGAGCAGCGGGUUUACCGGGGGGAUUGGGGGAGCUGUGGGUGGGGACUGAGGAGAUUGGGGGGACUGGGGGGAAUGACUCAGAUAUAGUAGGCUCUUUUCGCGAUAUAGCGUACUCGGGGAGCGGGGAGAGCAUGCGCGACGGGAUCGCGCAUCUGACGGCCGCGGCGGCAGCUGUGGCGCUGCCGUCGCCGCGUGGCGGAUGCGGAAGGGAGGGCGGCGCGGCAGGGCUUGGGGACGGGGCGGGGGACACAGAGCGGGGAGGAUGGGCGGGAGCGGGGGCGGGGAAGGGGAAAGGGAAGGGGGAGAGCGCGGAGUCGUCUUGGCGCAUGGCGAGUUUGAGUCACGGCAUUGGGGAAAUAGAGACGAGCGCGCGGGGGGUUGGGGGAGUAAGCGCGGGGAAGGAGGAGAUGGCUUGGCGCAUGGCGAGUCUGAGUCACGGUGUUGGGGAGAUAGAGACGGGCACGCGGGGGGGAGGAGGAGAGGCGGGAGGCGCGGGCGGAAGGGAGGAGGGAGGAGACUACAGCACGUGGCUCGGGGAAGGGGAGGGGGAGGGGGAGGGGGAGGGGGAGGGGGAGGGGGAGGGGGAGGGGGAGGGGGAGGGGGAGGGGGAGGGGGAGGGGGAGGGGGAGGGGGGGAGCGGGGAGGCGUCUUGGCGCAGAUGCAGUGCAGAAUCAGGCACAGGAGAGGCAUGGGUUGACACAGGAGAGGCAUGGGUUGACACAGGAGAGGCAUGGGUUGACACAGGGGAAAGCCCUUCAGGAGCAGAUGCAGCAGAAGCGGGGAAAGCUGGUGGCAGGAGUCCAGUAGGAGAAGAGGUUCACACAGCAUCAAAGGCAGCAGAAUCAGGCACAGAAUCAGGCACAGGAGAGAUUGGGGCCGACACAGGGGAGAGCCCAUCAGGAGCAGUAUCAGGAGCAGAUGCAACAGAAGCAGGGAAACCUGCUGGCAGGACCGCAGCAGAAGCAGGGGUUCACAUAGGAUCAAAGGCAGCAGGUGCGGAUCCAGCGGAAGCAGGGAGAGCUGUUGGCAGUAAGAGUCGGGGACGGCGGGUGCAAUUCAGUGAAGUGGUGAGAGUGAGGCGCGUGCUCGUUGCCUGCCCCAGCAGUUACUCUGCCGGGCCUGACACCGAGCCUGAUGCCGAGCCUAAUGCCAAGUCCGAUGAUGAGCUUGAUGGUGGGUUUGACGCCGAGCUUGAUUCUGAGCCUGAAGCUGAGGCUUGGGGUGGCUGUGAUGGGGUUUCGGAUGCUGACUUCGGUCGCAAGUUCCUCGCCUCUCUCACUCGCUCCUUCUCACGCUCACGGCUCAGGAACCUCACCCUCGCCCCUGCUCUCUUUUUCAGCCCAUCCAAGCGGAUUGGUGUGGCGGCCGGAGAAACGGAGUUAGGUUCAAGCAAAGGGGCGCAUUCUAAUCAGGGUGGGGAAACUGGAGUGGGGACACGAGAGGGUGCGAUAGGAAGGCAAGAAGCAGAGGUUGUUUGUAAGGAAUAUCGAAAGAGGCUGGGAGAGGAGGCUGUGGCAGGAGGGGAAGGGGCUGGGGUGGAGGAAGAGGGGAUGCUUGCAAACGAAGGGUGGCAGCAGGAGCUGCCGAGCGGAGGGCAGCGGCAGCUGCCGAGUGGAGGGCAGCGGCAGCUGCAGAGCGGAGGGCAGCAGGAGCUGCAGAGCGAAGGGCAGCAGGAGCUGCAGAGCGGAGGGCAGCAGCAGCUGCAGAGCGGAGGGCAGCAGCAGCUGCAGAGCGGAGGGCAGCAGCAGCUGCCGAGUGGAGGGCAGCGGGAGCUGCAGAGCGGAGGGCAGCAGCAGCUGCAGAGCGGAGGGCAGCAAGAGCCCAGCGGAGGGCAGCAGGAGCUGCCGAGCGGAGGGCAGCGGCAGCUGCCGAGUGGAGGGCAGCGGCAGCUGCAGAGCGGAGGGCAGCAGGAGCUGCAGAGCGAAGGGCAGCAGGAGCUGCAGAGCGGAGGGCAGCAGCAGCUGCAGAGCGGAGGGCAGCAGCAGCUGCAGAGCGGAGGGCAGCAGCAGCUGCCGAGCGGAGGGCAGCGGGAGCUGCAGAGCGGAGGGCAGCAGCAGCUGCGGAGCGGAGGGCAGCAAGAGCCGCCCUGA